AUGACAGCUGAAGAUCAGGCAAUCUCAAGCAGUGGAGGGUAUGUCCAAAGCUCAUCAACAACUGAUCAUAUUGUUGAUCAUCAUCAUCACCAACAUGAAUCCUUCAAUCCUCCUCUUGUCAAGAAGAAGAGAAACCUCCCUGGAAAUCCAGAUCCAGAAGCCGAGGUCAUAGCUCUAUCACCGAAGACACUUAUGGCAACUAAUCGUUUCCUUUGCGAGAUAUGUGGAAAAGGUUUCCAAAGAGACCAGAAUCUACAGCUUCAUAGGCGAGGACACAACCUUCCAUGGAAGCUGAAGCAGAGGACGAGCAAAGAAGUGAGGAAGCGAGUGUAUGUAUGUCCGGAGAAGACUUGCGUCCACCACCACCCGACAAGGGCACUUGGUGACCUUACAGGAAUCAAGAAACACUUUUGUCGGAAACAUGGCGAGAAGAAGUGGAAGUGCGAGAAAUGCUCCAAGAGAUAUGCAGUCCAAUCUGAUUGGAAGGCUCAUUCCAAGACUUGUGGGACUAGAGAGUAUAGAUGUGACUGUGGUACAAUAUUCUCCAGGAGAGAUAGCUUCAUUACGCAUAGAGCGUUUUGCGACGCGCUAGCAGAAGAAACCGCUAGGCUAAACGCAGCCUCACAUCUCAAAAGCCUUACCAGUAAUAAUCUAAACUACCAUUAUCUCAUGGGCACACUUAUCCCACCACCACCACAACAACAAUCACAACCACCGUCGUUUCCAUUCGGACCACUACAGCCACCGCAACCGCUACAUCACCACCACCAUUUCCCUAUCGCAGCCACCACCUUCGAUCAUCAUCAGCAACAUCAUGACGCCAUGAAACCUGCUUCUUCGCUCUCCCUAUGGAUGGGAGGAAGUAUUAACCAUCAUCCAGUGACCAUCGACAACCGUGUCUCACCGCAGCCGCAGACACCGCAGGAGGAUUAUAAUUGGGUUUUCGGGAACGCGAAUAAUCGCGGCGAGCUGAUAACGACGAGCGAUUCCCUCAUCACUCAUGAAAAUAUCAUUGUCCCGAUCAAGGAAAACGCAGACACGGCUACUUCUCUUUCCGUGCCUUCUCUAUUCAGCAGCGACGACCAAACUAACCAAGACGCAAACGCAGCUGUCGCGGCGGUUGCGAAUAUGUCGGCAACUGCGUUACUUCAAAAAGCGGCACAAAUGGGCGCGACUUUGUCCACGCCAACGACGACAACCAACAUCGACCAAUCGGCGUUUCUCCAGGGCUUUGCGUCAAAAAUAUCUGAUCAGAGUCAGAUUGUAGAUGAUGGUGGCAGAGACAAGUUCUUCGCUCUGUUUGGAUCAGACAGCGUCGGGUUAAUGAGUAACAAUGGUCUCCACGAUAUCGGGAACCCUAGAAAUGGCGUAACGGUCGUUUCGGGGAUUGACGAAUUACAGAAUUACCCCUGGAAGCGUAGAAGAGUUGAGAGUGGGGAUGUAGCAGCAGGAGGAGGGCAAACUCGGGAUUUUCUUGGGGUUGGUGUACAAACAAUGUGUCAUUCAUCCUCUAUCGAUGGAUGGAUUUGA